AUGGUUGGUAUUUUUUCCAGAUUUUCUGUUGGUAGAAGCACCCAUCGACGAACACAGAGUGCAAUCGAUGAUAAAGAAGUAUUAGCUCCAAAUUCUGAUGUUACUGAUGCAACUACCCCAACUGUAACAACCGCUACUCAUGGGAUUGAAGUUGCAACCGAAUUUAAACCGGUGGAACAUCCGGUCGAGCCUUUGGACAAUGAUCAACCGAUUCAAUGUCCAUUGCCUGAACCAUCCAUUCUAAAUGAUGGGAGAAUCUGGAAGGAGAGAGUAUCAGCGUCUAUGAGGAAGAAAGGUGAUUCACAGAUUGCGAAAGAUGAGGCUGCUGCUGAAUCUGAUGGAUCUGUAGCUAAACCGCCUCGCCCGAGCCCGGUAAACCGUUCAAUAUUGCCAUCGCUCAGUGCACCUGAACACAACUUGCUAAAUCUACUAGAAGAAUGCAAUGCAAUGCAGGCUGUAACAUCUAAGAAUGGAUGA